AUGAAAGACCCCCACCCUGACAACCUCAGGUUACACCCCUACAGAGAGAGGGCUCAGUGGACUGAGGAUGAGGACUUCUCUUUAUCUGGGCUUCUCCAGUGGGAAGCGGAGGGCUUCCAUGGUACACCCAGCUGGCCACGACCACGGGACUGUUCCCUUAAAGGAGCAGAACAUGUAGAGGCCCCUCUUCCUCUCAUGUCUGACUUAAACAACAUCCACUGUGUCCCUCCAAGUCACCAAGCACACAUGCCUCCUCAGUGUAUGUAACAUGCUGUAUAUGACUACAGUAUUGAUAUAAUUAAAUAGAACAGACAUAGAUAAAUAAAUGAAAUACAUGAUACUGAAUGUCUAUGACAGUAGCUGGGUCGUUCCACAACUAGAGGGCCUUUUUGCAUCCCUUUGAUAUUUUAAGAAGCCUGUUAAAAGCCUGUUAUAUUAAAUUAAGUAUAAUGAAUCUGAUUUUUAAUAUGAAUAAACCCUGUUAAUUUAAUUGGCCCUUUACUGUUACUUAAAUUGGCAUUUGUCUUAAUUUGACUUCUUGAGAUGGAAAAACAUGUUUUUUAUUAAGUGUUAUGAACGUGUGCUUUUUAUGACAGAAUAUAAACAUUUGUGCAUGGAACUACCCAGCUAUAUAACAUUUGCUGGUAAGUUGGUGAAUUAUUUUUAAAAAUUACGUUGUUGUAUAUAUUGCUGUCUGAGAUGUAGCCUAGAUGAUCCACGUUCUAUAAUUCACAUAGGCUGCGUUUACACAUGCAGCCCAAUUCUGAUCUUCUGCCCAAUUAUUGGCAAAAGAGCUGAUCUGAUUGGUCAAAAGCCCAAUUAGUGGAGAAAGAUCAGAAUUGGGCUGCCUGUGUAAAUGCAGCCAAAGUGAUGACUUUGAUUUGGAGCCCAUCCAAGACAGGAUGUUAAAAGCACGUAUUCUCACAUCACUCGACAGGCCCAGAUCCGGUGGACAGCAGGUGUCAGAGAUGGUUAACAUAAAUCAAACCUGUCCCCUCUAUCAUCAUUAUAACCAUCUUCACCCUACGGAACAUCAGCAGAACCCUCACCAAAUCAAAAUCAAAUCAAAUGUAUUGGUCACAUACACAUGGUUAGCAGAUGUUAUUGUGAGUGUAGUGAAAUGUUUGUGCUUCUAGUUCCGACAGUGCAGCAAUAUCUCCCGAGUGGCGCAGUGGUCUAAGGCACUGCAUCGCAGUGCUAGCUGUGCCACUAGAGAUCCUGGUUUGAGUCCAGGCUCUGUCGCAGCCAGCCGCGACCGGGAGACCCAUGGGCGGUGCACAUUUGGUCCAGCGUCGUCCAAGGUAGGGGAGGAUUUGGCCGGCAGGGAUGUGGGUUCGUUUCCCACAGGGGGCCAGUAUGAAAAAAAACAUGUAUUCAUUCACUAACUGUAAGUUGCUCUGGAUAAGAGCAUCUGCUAAAUGACUAAAAUUUAAAUGUAAUAUCUAGCAAGUAAUAUCUAAUAGUUCUACAACAAAAACCUAAUACACACAAAUCUAAAGGAAUGGAUUAAGAAUAUAUAAAUAUAUGGAUGAGCUUUAUCAUUAUCAGAGUGGCAUAGUCUAAGAUGCAAUAGAUAGUAUAGAAUACAGUAUAUACAUAUGAGAUGGAUAAUGCAAGAUAUGUAAACAUUAAAGUGGCAUUAUUAAAGUGACUAGUGUUCAAUUUAUUAAAGUGGCCAGUGAUUUUCAAGUCUGUAUGUAGGCAGCAGCCUCUGUGCUAGUGAUGGCUGUUUAACCUCUACGGGAUCGGUGUCCCGUAUACGGGACGGUUGAGCUGACGUGCGCUAAUGUGAUAAGCAUGACUGUUGUAAGUAACAGCAAACUUUCCAGGACAUAGACAUGUCUUGUAUGGGCAGAAAGCUUAAAUUCUUGUUAAUCUAACUGCACUGUCCAAUUUACAGUAGCUAUUACAGUGAAAAAAUACCAUGCUAUUGUUUGAGGAGAGACGGCAACUGGUUUGAUCACAUCACGGCAACUGGUUUGAUACAUUCACCUCUGAAGGUAAAUAAUGUACUUACAUUCAGUAAUCUUGCUCUGAUUUGUCAUCCUAAGGGUCCCAGAGAUCAAAUGUAGCAUAGUUUUGUUUGAUAAAAUCCAUUUUUAUAUUAGAAUGUAGGAACUGGGUUCUACAGUUUGAACCCCUGCUGUCUCUGGCUCCACACCCACCCCGCCUGACCAUCUAGAUGUGUGAAUAUUAGUGUAUAAGCUAAUGAUACAUCGUGUAGGACAUUCCUGGGAGUGUGUAAAUUUACAUUUUGCAUUACCAUAUCAUUUUUGUAUGUUUGCUAUAGUUAUGUAGUUGAAAAUGUAUCAAUUGACCAAUUCGGUACAUUUGGGCAGACUUGAUACAAAAUAGUCCAGUAUUGCAACGCUUCACUGGAUCAAUCUGAAACUUUGCAUACACACUGCUUCCAUCUAGUUGCCAGAAUCUAAAUUGCGCCUAAACUGCAAUAUUAUAUUGUGGCCUUUCUCUUGCAUUUCAAAGAUGAUGGAACAAAACAAAAAAAUAGAAAAUGCAUGUUUUUUUGUUUGUAUUAUCUUUUACCAGAUCUAAUGUGUUCUAUUCUCCUACAUUAAUUUCACAUUUCCACAAACCUGAAAGUGUUUCCUUUCAAAUGGUAUCACGAAUAUGCAUAUCCUUGCUUCAGGUCCUGAGCUACAGGCAGUUAGAUUUGGGUAUGUCAUUUUAGGCUAAAAUUGAUAAAAAGGGUCCGAUCCGUAAGAGGUUAACAGUCUGAUGGCCUUGAGAUAGAAGCUGUUUUUCAGUCUCUCGGUCCCAGCUUUGAUGCACCUGUACUGUCCUCGCCUUCUGGAUGAUAGCGGGGUGAACAGGCAGUGGCUCGGGUGGUAGUUGUCCUUGAUUAUCUUUUCGGCCUUCCUGUGACAUCGGGUGCUGUAGGUAUCCUGGAGGACAGGUAGUUUGCCCCCGGUGAUGCGUUGUGCAGACCGCACCACCCUCUGGAGAGUGCCCACUGUCCUGGUACACUAAACCAGUGCCCACUGUCCUGGUACACUAAACAUUCCUACACUGGUCUAACAUCAAAUUGUAGCAUUAGCCUACAUAUUAAAACUAAUCUGAUGUCACAAGGUCCUAGCGUUGUUAUAGUCAACAAGCAAAUGUUCAUUUACUUUUCUAUUAGUUUUGUGGGGCUCCAGAUAUAGCAUAAACCCUGCUGAUGGGCAUUAGAAUAUACAUUUAACUAUUCUACACUGUUUCCUUCUCUAGGACUCCCAUGGCUCAAAACAGACUAUAUGGACAAGAAGCAUUUUAUUUUAUUCACUCACAUUUUAUUCACCCACUCUUUGAAAUACUACUAUUCAAACAUACUUCCUCUCUCUGGCAGAUGGACAUCUUUGAUAGCGUGGUUAGAAGAAUGGACAUCAACAAGUGGAUGGACAGCUAUUUAAAGGAUGGUAAGUCGAAGCUGUCAGCAUUUUUAGGACAUAAAUUGGACCUAUCCAGUUAUGAAACUAUACAGAAAACAACUGAAUUGACUAUGAGGUGCUGUGUUGCAGAAGUCAGUGCUGAUCAUCGUGGUCAUCAGUUCUAAGUACAAGGCAGACGUGGAAGGAGAUGGAGAGGAUGAGCAUGGUCUCCACACAAAGUACAUUUACACUCAGGUAGGCACUUACAUUACAUGUACCUGCACAAAUAUAUCAGAUACAUGUGUAGCUACAGUAUUUUUUAGAUUAUGGAGACUCAAGACUAGGACUGUGGAAGGAACUGUUGCGCCAUUUGUACACAUACAGUACAUAAUGCUUGCAUACAGUAAUAUUCGCACACUGCUCAACUAUUGUGGUUAGUCAGGGUCAAUAAACCCUCAGUGUCCACCUCCCCUGUUACACACAGAAUAGGCAGAUGAAGUAACAGCUCCUGGGGCUGAAAAACAAAGCUGUUCAUCUCAGUAAAUCUAUAAUCACACCUGCCUGUCGCGCUCAUUCCCCCAGGUUCAACCUGUCACUGUGUCAGUGUGUCAAAAAGCCAGUGAGACAAAAAGGCUCUGGGCCUUGGUGGGAGCUGUCAAUCACAGCUCUCUGGCCACAGCCCCUCCCUCCCAUGAUGUAGCACAGGCGUAAAACACUGCUAUGUGAUACCAAGGGAAACAUAUACCAUAGUCAUAUAUACAGUAUGUAUAGUUUCUGUAUAGUAUACAUUUAAUAUGCCAUGAAGACAACUCAUAACAGCGUUAGGUGUUUAUCUUUGAUCAUCACCUUUUCUCAUUUCAGAUCCAGACUGGUACCGGUAUUGUUUCCCACCGCUACCAAGGUGAGUGGAUAACCAGAUUUCCCAUUCACUUGGUUAGACUAUACUGUUGUUAUAUUCUCCAGAGUGUAAUGCACAUCCCAUCACCGUCUUCCAGAGACAUGUUCACACUGUUUUUAUAUCUCCAGAGUGACUCAUGCUGUGGUGUAAUGAUUCUGCCUAUCCUAUUUAUUUCCUACAGAGACAUGUCCCUGCCUAGCUUCAGAGUACCAGGAUAUACCGCUGGCCCCAGGAUACCCAAGACCUGCUUCUCCGCUAAGAGAGCGACGCUACAUUGUCCCCCCUCUGGGGAAAGAGCUGACCCUCUCCGUACGACCCCUCUGGCAUCUCUGA